AGCCCCGAAGCCCUCGUUUUUAGUCGCCUUUGCGAGCGUACAAUUAUCUUCAAACUGGAUCCGAAAACUCCCCAUAAUUCUAUUCGCUACGAUUGUACGUCCGCUAACAAACUACGGGUGUCUUAAAACACAAUCAUCUCGAAGUGUCUUCUUAAUUUGAGGGCUGAGGGGAUAGGGUGUGUCUUAAGUGUUUGGACCGCAAUCCUGUUCGCGAUGAUUGUACAUCCGCUAAAUCAGCCAAAACGUAAAACCGACAUCAACAUAAAGAAAUAAACAUACAAGUGUUAGAACGUUUACUUGAAGUUGUCAUACACAAGAUCGGAUACCAAUGAAAAAUCAAACAUAUUUCUGGGUUCUGGUGGACCUCUGUCUCAUGCUGACUGAGACUGGAGUUGGUAUCAGAGUCAUCUCUUACAAUGGCCGCCCAACAGUGACUCAGGGACAACACGCAGACUUGACCUGUGAGCUCAUGGAGACAAACGAGGAGCUCAUCCAGAUCUCAUGGCAGAAGAGUACCAGGGGUUACCGUGCCAACCACAACUUCUUCCUCAUCACCCCUAGCCAGGGUCCAUCACAUGUCAAGGGGCGGGGGGACAGGGUGGGCUUUAUUGGGAACACCACUGCGCUGGUGGGCUCUAUCCGACUGGGGGAUGUGUCCCUGACUGAUGAGGGCGUCUACACUUGCAUCUUCACUGUGUUCCCCAGUGGGCCGUACAAGGCAGAGAUCCACCUCAAUGUCCAAAUCCCUCCUGUGAUUUCGGUUGCUGUGGAUACUCCACCCGUGGUUGCUGAGGGGCAGGAGAGCAUCUUGGCCACAUGCACAGCGGCUAACGCCAAGCCCCCCGCUGAGGUACGGUGGAGCACGGCCAGUGCAGGACAACCACUGAGUCUGACAACCUCAACCAACACUACACUGAACCCAGACGACACCGCCACGGUGAGGGUCCACCUGAAGGGAGAGCCCUCCAGGGUCCUGCACCAACAGGAGGUUCAGUGCCUGGUGAACCACACCACUCUGAGCCAGCAGAAGGUCGUUCCCUAGGAGAUAGAUAUACACUAUCCUCCAAAUUCGGUCAAAAUCAUCAUGAAUGAGUGCGCACCCCAGGCACCGGCGUUUCAGUGUUUAGUAGAUGCCAACCCCCCCCCGUCAGAGUUCACAUGGAAGAGACUGAAUAGAUCAAACCUCAGUGAGACUGGGGGCUUGUUGGAGUUAGUGAAGGUGGGCCCUGACUUCAGUGGUCUGUACAGCUGUGAGGUGUCCAACUCAUAUGGAGCAGCAUCUGGUUUCCUAUAUGUGCAUAAAGUUGAUCAGCGCUCCAUUGUACCAGUAGCCUUGUGGGUUUUCCUCCCCAUACUCCUCUUCCUCUGCAUUGUAACUGUAUCACUCUGGCUGUUGUUUUCCAGAGGACCCCUGAGAGAGAGGUAGCAUUGUGCAACUUCAGGACAAACAGUGUACACACACCUUUAUUAUAAUAAUAUAUGCCAUUUAGCAGACGCUUUUAUCCAAAGCGACUUACAGUCAUGUGUGCAUACAUUCUACGUAUGGGUGGUCCCGGGGAUCGAACCCACUACCCUGGCGUUACAAGCGCCAUGCUCUACCAACUGAGCUACAGAAGGACCAUUGACAAGUAUCAUUAUGUAUCAUUAUGUUCUGCUGCUUUGUCUAAAAUUAUAUUUACAGUGCCUUCAGAAAGUAUUAAUUCUUGACUUGUUCCACAUUUUGUUGUUACAGCCUGAAUUCAAACUGGAUUAUAUUUAGAUUAAAACAAUCAGAAAUUGAAUAUCCCUUUUGAGCUGGUUAUUAAUUACACUUUGGAUGGUGUAUCAAUACACCCAGUCCUCUUGCUCAGUUGUGCACCGGGGCCUCCCACUCCUCUUUCUAUUCUGGUUAGAGUCAGUUUGCGCUGUUCUGUGAAGGGAGUAGUACACAGCGUUGUACGAGAUCUUCAGUUUCUUGGCAAUUUCUCGCAUGGAAUAGCCUUCAUUUCUCAGAACAAGAGAGGACUGACGAGUUUCAGAACAAAUUCGUUUCUGGCCCUUUUGAGCCUGAAGUCGAACCCACAAAUGCUGAUGCUCCAGAUACUCAACUAGUCUAAAGAAGGCCAGUUUUAUUGCAUCUUUAAUCAGAACAACAGUUUUCAGCUGUGCUGCCAUAAUUACAGAAGGGUUUUGUAAUUAACUUGGUUUAGCGAACACAACCUGCCAUUGGAACACAGGAGUGAUGGUUGCUGAUAAUGGGCCUCUGUACACCUAUGUAGAUAUUCCAUCAAAAAUCUGUUGUUUCCAGCUACAAUAGUCAUUUACAACAUUAACAAUGUCCACACUGUAUUUCUGAUCAAUUUGACGUUAUUUUAAUGGACAAAAAAAAUGUUUGAACGGUAGUGUAUAUUUAAUCCAUUUUGAAUUCGUGCUGUAACACAAAGUACAUUAUAAUAGUAAGGAGUAAGUCAAGGGGUAUGAAUACUUUCUGAAGGAACGAUGUGUUCUUUGCAGAGCCAUGGCACUGUUUUUUUGUAGUGGGGAGGCCACCCAAAACCCAGGAAGGGUAAGCCGUAAAGAACUGCAGGAUUCUCCAGUGUGUGAGUCCGUCGAGGUUGAGAAACAGAAAGGUGCGGUUUGACAAGGAUUGUGUUGAUUGGGUAACAUGAGGGGUUUCUCGAUGUUAGAAACAGGGUUAUGUUUUGUUUUUGUGCUCUUGCCUUUAAAAAACAAAUGUUGACAUGUUCCAAUGAGCAUCUAAACUGUUUAGAAGUGAAGAUGAUUUCUAUGGGGAUUUAUACGUUUUUGUCAUGGUUUUGACUGUUUAUGUACAAAUGUUCAGACACAGUUUUGUUACGAGUUUGUAAUGGUAAAACUGUACCGCGACAUACGAGAUUGUAUUAUAAGAGUGUACAGCAUAAAUCGUUUGAAUUCUAAAAAUUCCUCAAACAAGUUUAACUAUCACUGUAUUUGUGUAGACCUAUUAUGUCAUUCAGUAUUGUGUUGGAAUGUAGCAGUUACUUUUGUAUAAAAUAGCUGCAUGGUUUG